AUGUCUGCUUAUGCCUUCUUUGUUCAGACCUGCCGUGAAGAACACAAGAAGAAGAAUCCAGAAGUUCCUGUCAACUUUGCAGAGUUCUCAAAGAAGUGCUCAGAGAGGUGGAAGGUAUUGUCUCCCAGACCCAAUUCCUCACACUUGCUAUAAAGACAAUGGCCUAGUGAGAGAAAUCUAUGUGUUCACUGCAUGAACACACUUUCAACUUUAAAACAAAAUCAACUGUCCUUAAUUCUGUUAAUUACUGUCCCCCUCUGCCAUUUAAGCUUAUUGCCAUUAUCUCAAAUUACUGAAUAGAGAUUCGCAGCCCAAGUCAAGGAGUUACAGAGCAAUGAAGGAGUCUAAAACCCAGCUUGUGUCCCUUUUAGCAUCUGAGAAUUCACUGGGCAUUGCCAGCACACUUUAAAGCAUUUGUUGGAAUCAUAGGGACUACAAACUCUUGCUUUUUUUUUUUAAAAAAAAUGAAAGUUCUUAGGAAGAUGAAUUCUGCAUCAUCUACUUCAGGGAAGCCAUGACCCUCUAUGGACCUUGGCCAUGCUGAUUGGAGCCGAUGGCAGUUUGAGUCCAACAACAUCUGGAGGGACACAGGUUCCCCACACCUAAAGUAGAGGAUGCAGGAUCUCUGAGUAGCCAACAUGGCAGCUGAAGAUGAUGGGAAUUGGAGUCCUAAACAUUUGGUGGGCAUCAUGUUGCCUACCCAUGCUGCUUUGUCUAGAACAGCCGUAUUUGCACAUGCAGGGUUCAAACAGAAUAGGCGCUUUUUGAGACUCAAUAGUCCCACCUUGUGACCAAGUUUAGAUUUCCUGUCACAACCAUUGUGACUAAAGUCUCCAGUGAGGGCAAUGUCCCUAAGAGGGAGCACAAAAGCUGAAAACCUGUGAUCAGGUUGUUGAGCUUAAGACACUCUGCAGGAAGAAUAAAUCUUACUCCAUUGUGGUACCAUUUGCAUAAGCUGAAAAGCAAGUGGUCUGUCAUAGCAAAAACACAGCCCCUCCUCCGCCCUGGUUCCUCAGGCUGAAGCAGCUGGUUUUUCAGCCCACCCCCACACCUCCAAUCCAGAGCUGCUUGUGUUUAAGCCAGCAGUCUUUUGCUCCUCUUUUAAAGGGGCACCGUUUUCGGAGAAGGGGUGGAUUGGUUUCUCUCUGCUUCUUCCUUCUUCUCCAGGCAGUUGACUCCCCCACCCCACUUUGCCACCCCCCCUUUUGUCAGAAGAGAAGGGGUGUGCAUGGGUGUGUGUUUUUUAAAGCAAAAUGAGCUUUGCUUUGGGAGUUGGAGGGAGAGAGAGAGGCUGGCAAGUUCCUUUCAUGUUUAAGUAAGGCUGGAAGGCUGCUUUGGAGAGAUUUGAGACAUCAUCUGUUCCCCCAACCCCAUUAUUUAGGAGGAACUGCUCAUAGAACUAUAUUUCUACUUCUGCUUCCUGCACAUUUGUUUCAUUUUCUCUCUCAAAUUUCUUUCAAGUUCAGUAAUAAUAGUAGUAAUAAUUUAUAUGUUGCUUAAUUGUCAAAGUUGGCCUCUAUGUAGCUUAGAAGUAUAAAACCAAUUACGAAAUAAUAUAUAUGCAUGUAAUAAAUGUGCACAAUAAAAUAAUUUCAUUGAAACAUUAAAAUAAGCAUCCACGUAUAAAAAAUAGAGUAAAGCAAGCACAUUCAAACAAUGCAACAGUUAAGAGUUAAAACAACAAUUAAAAAUUAAAUAUAGUAACAGUAAUAAGUUUUUGCAUUGUGUUCAAGUGUUCAGAUACUACAAGUAUGUAUUCUUUUAAUCCUUACAACAUCUCUGUCAAGUAUGCCUCGCCUCACCUUGCCUUCCCUGCCCACCCCUUCCUUGGAGGUUUUUAAGCAGAGGUUGGAUGACCAUCUGGCAUGGAUGCUUUAGCUGAUAUUCCUGCAUUGCAGGGGGUUGGACUAGAUGACCCUUGGGUCCCUUUGAGCUCGUAAGUUUCUAUGAGAUUAUGAGAUUGCUGUUAGAUCACUGGCUGCUGCCUUCCAUGUGCUGCUUUGCCUCUCCUCCCCACCCAAAGCAUGUUAGUUCAAAUCUAGUGCAGUACUUUACAUAACACAUCACAUAUACACAGAGAGAGAGACUGGUAUUUGAACAUAUUAAUUAUUCAAAUGACUUAUGGUUUUUGCUGCUAUUGCAGGAGUUGACCUAUGUUUGUGGUUUCCAAUAAAGAAUUGCUAUUAAAGUGUGAUAUUAACAAUGUAUCACUGAUAUGAAUUGUGAAUCAGUUCAUGUGUUUGAAAAAAUAAAUAGAAGGUGCUGCUGUAUUGGGGGGGGGGAUGGCAACUAGCCAUUCUGUUUUUGCGCCUGUAACCCAUGUUCCAGGGGCCAUUUGGCUCCUAGCUUUUCUAUCUCAGUUUCUAACACUGUGUGCAGGUAUAGCUAUAGUUGAUCUGUCAAGAAUAUGCUCUUAAAAUUUGCUUUUAUCUUUAUCUGGGAAGCUUGGGAGUAACAUACAGAAGACGGAAGAUACAAGCCACUGUAUCUGGUCUUAAUUUUGAGUCUGUUUCCCUUGGAACUAAAGCAUGCAAGGGUGAACCAAUGGCCUUACAGACUUGGGCUUUGGCAGGGAGUGCUUGGUUAUAUUUCAGAUGGUUGAGAGCAUCUCAGCUGUAUUUUUGGAACAUAGGUCUGGUGUUGCCUACCUGGGCAGGCAGCAUCUCCACAAGGUCUCUGGUAGAAGUCUGUCUCCUCAAAAAUAAUUUUAUUUGGGACCUUUUGCCUGCAAAGCCUUUUUUCUACCUCUUAAGCUAUGGUCCUUUCCUCGUGCCUUAGUUUGUGGCUUGUGUACUCUUUUUGGGAAGGUGCAUGAGUAACUGUUUGCCUUUCAGACCAUGUCAAACAAAGAGAAGGGUAAAUUUGAUGAAAUGGCUAAAGCUGAUAAAGUACGGUAUGAGAGAGAAAUGAAGGAUUAUGGACCAGCAAAGGGUGGUAAGAAGAAGAAGGAUCCCAAUGCCCCCAAACGGCCACCGUAAGUAACUUCCCUACAUAACUGUGUACAUAAACUUAUUUGCAUAUUUGUUAGGUGGAACAUUGCAAGCCUGCAUUUAAACAAAGUAAGUAAGAAAGAAGUAGAUCUGACAGUGAGAAGUUGCCUUAAACCAAAUCAGACCAUUGCCCCAUCUAGGUUAGUACUGUAUUCUGACUGGCAGUGGCUCUCCAGGUUUCAGGCAGGUGUCUUUCCCAGACCUACUUAGAGAUGCUAAGAAUUGAACCUGGGACCUUCUGCAUGCUAAACAACUGAAGAAAGCACUUUUAAACAAACCUCUUCAGAGUCUCAGUCUGCUGCAUUGGGUGAGAGUUAACCUAUUAACAAACUAUUGGAAAGACUUGAUUGUUUUCAAGAUAGCAGUACAACUGUUAAUAAAAAAAAGUUAAUGCUUUUGAAGGCUACUAAUACCUGAUCACCUAAAUCUUGGCACUGAGUAGUUGAUUGAGAGUGGCACCAUUUGCCACUUCUGUGAGUAUCCUGGAGGUGGGAGAAAGAAGCUUGAAAUUUGUCUUCACUUAAUGACCCUGAUCUCCUAAUUCUGUUAUUUAUUUAAUAGCACUCUGGCGUGUUUGGUGUUUCACAUAACAUUAAUACUUACAACUGUCCUGGAAGAUGAGCCAGAAGUUGAACUGAAAGUAUCUUCAUAAGACAGCUUGGAGGUGGGGGUGCUGAUGCUGAGGGCUAGUGGCUUGCCAAGGUCCCCCAAUGAGUUUUGAGUUGAAUUUAAAUUGGGGAAUUACUAGCUCAUGCCUAGGUUAUAUUUUCUAACUGGUUUCACAUCAGUCAAACUGUUGUGGUUUUCUGCCACUCUAUCCCCCACCGAGAGUCCUUGGAUCUGUAACACUGGAAAAAUUUGAAUCCCUAGUGCUACCUUCACACUGAGCUCAUUUGAAUGCAAUGUUAAAAUGGUUUAGCUGGCAGCCUUCCCCAACUUGGUGCCAACCAAAGGUUGCUGGGCUGUAACUCCUAUCAGCCCCACCCCGUGUGACUGGUAGUCAGGAAUGAUGGGAGUUGUAGUCCAGCAACAUUUGGAGUGCACCAGGCUGGAGAAAGCUGUUUUAGUACUAUUUGUACAAGCCUCAUUCUCAUUAACUCCCCACUUCUCUGCUGGUAUGGCAUGCAAGGAGGAGAUAGUUGAAAUCUUGAAAGCUUUUGCUUCUAACAGCAGUGUCUUGUUAUGUCUGAGCCCAGAUAAACUGUGGUUUGGAGCUUCCAAUGGUCUGGCGGCCACGCCAGGAGAGCAUUCAAGUCCAAGACUUGUGCAUGUAACACUAAACUGUAGUGUGGCAUCUGAACCAAAUAACUAUUGUUUAUUGGGGAGAGGAAGCUACUGUUUAAAAACUAGUUUGCUUGUAGUAUAGGUAAUAAACCCCUGGCCACCAUGCCAGCUCUCAACUGCAGUUUGUCUUCUCCCUCCCAUCCUUCACAAGGUCUGGAUUCUUCCUGUUCUGUUCAGAAUUCCGUCCCAAUAUCAAAUCCACUAAUCCUGGCAUCUCCAUUGGAGACGUGGCAAAGAAAUUGGGUGAAAUGUGGAACAACCUCAGUGAUGGGGAGAAACAGCCUUACAACAACAAGGCUGCGAAACUGAAGGAGAAGUAUGAGAAGGUAAGGCUCAGGUGGCUUCUGUCCAUAUGCUGCAAAUUCUUGCUUACAUUUGCUCCAAAAAUGAAACAGUCUCAUGACAGACACUUUAAAGCAGACUUUUUUUAACCUGGUGCACUUUCCAGAUCUUUUGUUGAACUACCAGUUCCCAUCAGCACUAGCUAGCGCAGCUGGCUGAUGGGAGUUGGGAGUUCUGACAGCAUUUGGAGGGUGCACCAGGUUGGUGAAGCCUGCUUUAAAUGUAAACUGUGCUAACACAUGUGGUGUUCCCAAAUCAGUGGAGUACUUCCCAGCUAAGAGGGCAUUCCAAGCCUACUGAUAGUUCCUUCACUGGAAACAAAUUCCAGUAACAUCGGUGAGUGCAUGUUUAUCAGGAAACUGUGCUUAACAAUUUACUUAAAGGGAUUUCAGCUGACUCCAAGGCCUUUUAACUAUUAACACUGACAAGAUAUGGCAUGUUUAUCUUGCUGUCUUUAUGUCACUGGAGGAAACCUUGGCAUACCUUCCUUUUGCUAGAUCGGAAGUGUAUUAUCCCACCUCAUCCCAGAGUUUCAGAGCAGAUAACUGAAACAAAAUACUGUAAUACUCUCGGUACUGAAAUAUGUAAAGCUUUCCUGCCAUUUCCAAACUUGUCCCUGUCUCAGAAGCCAGCCCAAGCAGGAAUAUUGUAUUAAUUUAUGUGUUUUUAUGUUGUAAAGAUGCAACUUCUUUUUUUCUCUCUCUCUCCUCUGGCAUCAGCCAUUGCAAAUUAGCAGUGAUGGGCUCUGCUAAAAGGCAUAAAAAGCUCAUAAUUUGAACUAAGAAUGUAAGAAAAGCCCUGUUGGAUCAGGCCAAAUGUGCAUCUAGUCCAGCAUCCUGUGGUCCAACCAGAUACAAAUAAGAAGCCCACAAGCAGAACCUGAGCGCAACAGAACUCUCUCCACCUAUGAUUCCCAAUAGCUGGUCUCCACUGCCUCCUGCAGUGGAAGUAGAACAUAGCCACCAUAGCUUGUAGACAUACAUAGGAUUAGACAAAAUCAUGAAGGAUAAGACUCUUUUAAAUCCAUCCAUCUUGGCUGGUAUCACUGCCUCUUGUGGAGUGAAGUCCCUAGUUUAACUAUGCAGUGUGAAGAAGUGCUUCCUUUUGUCUGUCCUGAAAUACAAAGAAAUUCUAGAGAGGUAGCUGGGCUGUAUCCUAUGGCAUAAUAUUUUAAUUUUAAAAAAAUUAUACUCCAGCAACAAAGGAGUUGCUCAUAGCAGCUUACAAAUAUAAAAGCAAGCAUACAGAUUGCAGUGCUUCCACCUUUAAAAUGCAAAUUAUCAAAACUAAAAAUAGCAGUAAAAGAUACAAGUACUAGCAUUUGUUGUAAAUCAAUACAUUUAAGCAUCAGCACAUAAUCAAAAGUUUGUUUUUAAAAGGAAUGUUUUCAAUUGCUGGACAAACACAAAUAAAUGAGAAAGAUAACCUUGCCUCUUGUGGCAGGGAAUUCCACAUAUGGGAUGCCUUACUUCAGAAGCCAAUGGUGCAUGCAAGAGAUAUGUAAAACCCAAACUUGGAGGAUGGGCAGAUUCACGUGAGAGAGCCCUAUGGGUAAUAACACCAUCUUGAAUUGCACUUGGAAAGCCAAUUCAGUGGGAGACUACUGAGCAGGGUACAAAUAAUUUGAAACCAGUUCUGCUGGUAUAGAUUGGGGGGAUGGGGUGGAACUGAUAAUACAGAGUUCUGAUCUCACAAACUAAUCUCAUUUCCCAAAAAACUAUAAAGGGCUUUUUAGGGACAAACCUUUAAAAGUAGCAUACGUCCAUGUAUAGGAGGAAUGGUAUAAGAUUAUUUAGGCACAUCAGUUAGGUGUAAAAAUUACUACAGGAGAGGUGUUUGAAAUCACACAAGUGUAUAAACAAGCAUAGGUUAAUUGGAAGGGGCCACCUCUUGUGUGUACCUUGCCUGUCAAAGCAAGACCGCCAAAGCAGAUCUCGGUGUAUAGGCAAGGCCAUAUGUGUAAAGCGACGGUCUUAAAGUAACCCAGUUAGCACCAGCAUGUUGAAGUGGGUUGGGAAACAUACCAGGAACUAAGCUCCACAGGAAAUUGUUUCUGUGGCGCUUAUGCUAAACUCAAGUUUGAAAGUUGGCGGUGCCUUCUGUAAGCAAAGGGGCAAAGGGUGAAGAUGUUACGGGGUUGAGAGUUCCAGGACCCCUUUGCUCUUUUUCCUAGCUAUUAGGGCUGGAGAGCAUGCAACUUUCCUUAGCUUGUGUAAGCCUGUAUGGUAGGAAUGAGAAACCUGUGGCCACCCAGAUUAUUAUUAUUAUUAUCAUUUAUCAUUUAUUAAUUUUUAUACCACCCUAUACCUGCAGGUCUCAGGGUGGUUCACAGGAUAAGAUCACAAUAUAAAAACAUACACACACAUACACACAAUUUGUGUGUAUAUGUAUAUACACACACACACAUAUACAUACAUAUAAACAAAAACAACCCAAUAACACCACCCCCAAACACAUUUUAAAAGGGCAUUGGGUGUGAAUCAGCCAAAGACCUAGUUAAAGAGGAACGUUUUUGCCUGCCGUAUAAUGAAGGCACCAAGCAAAACUCCCUGAGGAGAGCAUUCCAGAGACGGGGAGCCACAGCAGAGAAGGCCCCGCUCUCGUGUUGCCACCCUCCGGACCUCUCGAGGAGGAUGCACACUAAGGAGGGCAUCAGAAGAUGACCUCAGGGUCUGGGUAGGUUCAUAUGGAAAGAGGCGGUCCUUAAGGUACUGGGGUCCUGAGCUGUUUAAGGCUUCAUAGGUCAAAACCAGCACUUUGAAUUGAGCCCAGAGACUAAUUGGUAGCCAGUGCAAUCGGGUCAGGAUUGGUGUAAUAUGCUCAAACCGUUUUGCCCCGGUGAGCAACCUGGCCACUGAAUUCUGCACUAGCUGGAGUUUCCGAACAGUCUUCAGAGGCAGCCCUACAUAUAACGCAUUGCAGUAAUUAACCUCAAGGUUAACAGCAUAGACAACAAUACUUGGGCUAUCCCUGUCCUGAUAGGGUCAUAGCUGGGCCACCAGCUGAAGCUGAUAGAAGGCACUCCAUGCCACUGAGACCACCUGAGCCUCAAGUGACAGCGAAGCAUCCAGGAGUACCCUCAAGCUACGAACCUGCUCCUUCAGAGGAAGUGAAACCUCAUCAAGAGCAGGCGACCCCCCCCCCCCCUCAAUCUGGUCUAGGGAACCACCCACCAACAGUGCCUCAGUCUUACCUGGAUUGAGUUUCAGUUUGUUGGUUCUCAUCCAGUCCAUUAUCAAGGCAAGACCACGGUCCAGCACUUCCACUGCCUCACCUGCAGAUGUAAAGGAGAAGUAGGGCAGAGUAUCAUCAGCAUACAGCUGACAAUGUACUCCAAACCUCCGAAUAACCCCACCCAGCGGUUUCAUGUAGAUGUUGAACAGCAUAGGGGAUUGGAUCGAGCCCUGCAGAACCCCACAUUGAAGGCUCCACAGGACUGAAAAGCACUCCCCAAGCAACACCCCCUGGGAAUGACUAUCCGAGCAGGACUGGAACCACUGCAUAGCAGUACCACCCACCCCUAACUUGGACAGCCUCUCCAGAAGGAUACCAUGGUUGAUAAUAUUGAAAGCCAUCAAUAGGUCAAGGAGAAUUAACAGGGGCACCUUUCCCCGUCUCUCUCAUGACACAGCUCAUCAUAAAGGGCGUUCCAAGCAGUUUCUGGGCCUAAUCCCUGGUUGAAAUGGCUCUACAAAACCAGUGUCUUCCAACAGUGCCUGGAUCUGGUACACAACCACCCGCUCCAGAACCUUGCUCAGGAAAAGGAGAUUAGCAACUGGCUGGUAGUUAGUUAGAUUUUCUAAGUCCAUGGAAGGUUUCUUAAGGAGUGGUUUUACCACUGCCUCCUUCAAACAGGCAGGGACCACCCCAUCUUGCAAAGAGGCAUUGAUUACCUCCCUGGCCCAGCCAGCUGUUCCCUCCCUGCUGGUUUAUAUCAGCAAGAGGGGCAAGGGUUUGGAGCACAAGUGGUUGCCCUGACCUAUCAAAGCACCUUGUCCACAUCCUUGAGGCUUACCAAUACCAUGGCUCCGAAGCAUCCUCUCCGAUUGCAUGGAGCCCGGACAGCCCCAUGGUUUUCCCUGGAGCUGAUGGUGAUGAAACAAUCGCUGAGAUGGCUAGAACGCCGGUGGUGGAAAACUCACUCUGAAUUGGACCGAACACAGGUUAGAGCUCAACGUCAAGCCUACCAAGUGGCGAUGGCGACAGCGAAGAGGACCUUCUUUGCCGCCUCUAUUGCAUCUGCAGAAAACAGCAGGAGGAGACUCUUUCAGGUGGUUCGCAAUCUAUCAGAACCACCUUCAUCAUCGGGGCCGGGUAGGGACCCCAAGAUCUCAUGCAAUGCUUUUGCAAAGUUUUUUGCAGAUAAAGUUACUCAGAUUCGGAAGGAGGUAGACUCCACUGUGGGAGCAGGGCUAGGGCGGGAGAGUGCUAGAGUCCUGUCUAGUCAUGUUGUUGUUGUUUAGUCGUUUAGUCGUGUCCGACUCUUCGUGACCCCAUGGACCAGAGCAUGCCAGGCACUCCUGUCUUCCGCUGCCUCCCGCAGUUUGGUCAGGCUCAUGUUUGUAGCUUCGAGAACACUGUCUAACCAUCUCAUCCUCUGUCGUCCCCUUCUUCUUGUGCCCUCAAUCUUUCCCAACAUCAGGGUCUUUUCAAGGGAGUCUUCUCUUCUCAUGAGGUGGCCAAAGUAUUGGAGCCUCAGCUUCACGAUCUGUCCUUCCAGUGAGCACUCAGGGCUGAUUUCCUUAAGAACGGAUACGUUUGAUCUUCUUGCAGUCCAUGGGACUCUCAAGAGUCUCCUCCAGCACCAUAGUUCAAAAGCAUCAAUUCUUCGGCAAUCAGCCUUCUUUAUGGUCCAGCUCUCGCUUCCAUACAACACUACUGGGAAAACCAUGGCUUUUACAAUACGGACCUUUGUUGGCAAGGUGAUAUCUCUGCUUUUUAAGAUGUUGUCUAGGUUUGCCAUCGCCUUUCUCCCAAGGAGCAGGCGUUUUUUAAUUUUGUGGCUGCUGUCACCAUCUGCAGUGAUCAUGGAGCCCAAGAAAGUAAAAUCUCUCACUGCCUCCAUUUCUUCCCCUUCUAUUUGCCAGGAGGUGAUGGGACCAGUGGCCAUGAUCUUUGUUUUUGAUGUUGAGCUUCAGACCAUAUUUUGCGCUCUCCUCUUUCACCCUCAUUAAAAGGUUCUUUAAUUCCUCCUCACUUUCUGCCAUCAAGGUUGUGUCAUCUGCAUAUCUGAGGUUGUUGAUAUUUCUUCUGUUGGGAGCCCUUUACCCAUCAGAGGGGGUGCAGGAAAACGUCCUGGAGGCCCCGUGAGCAGUGGGGGGGGGGGCAGUGAGCAGUGAAAGCUCAGAGACGCCUCUUUCUCCAAAGAGAAAGUGGUGCCUCAAACUCGUUGGUGCCAUUGUCGAUUAUUACAGCGAGAAAGUGUUGUUGUUGACAUUCCUGGGUCGCCAGGGCAACAAUCUCCUCGCUACCCCCCUCCUUGGGGCUUCUGCAGAUGUCCUCUCUGGUUGUCAUGGCAACAUCUUCCGGCGAUCUUAAUUCCGGCUUGGGAUUCAUCCAGCCCAGCCUUUCGCAUGAUGAAUUCUGCAUAUAAGUUAAAUAAGCAGGGAGACAAUAUACAGCCUUGCCGUACUCCUUUCCCAAUUUUGAACCAAUCAGUUGUUCCAUAUCCAGUUCUAACUGUAGCUUCUUGUCCCACAAAGAGAUUUCUCAGGAGACAGAUGAGGUGAUCAGACACUCCCAUUUCUUUAAGAACUUGCCAUAGUUUUCUGUGGUCGACACAGUCAAAGGCUUUUGCAUAGUCAAUGAAGCAGAAGUAGAUGUCUUUCUGGAACUCUCUAGCUUUCUCCAUAAUCCAGCGCAUGUUUGCAAUUUGGUCUCUGGUUCCUCUGCCCCUUUGAAAUCCAGCUUGCACUUCUGGGAGUUCUCGGUCCACAUACUGCUUAAGCCUGCCUUGUAGAAUUUUAAGCAUAACCUUGCUAGCGUGUGAAAUGAGUGCAAUUGUGCGGUAGUUGGAGCAUUCUUUGGCACUGCCCUUCUUUGGGAUUGGGAUGUAGACUGAUCUUCUCCAAUCCUCUGGCCACUGCUGAGUUUUCCAAAUUUGCUUGCAUAUUGAGUGUAGCACCUUAACAGCCUCAUCUUUUAAAAUUUUAAAUAGUUCAGCUGGAAUAUCAUCACUUCCACUGGCCUUGUUAUUAGCAGUGCUUUCUAAAGCCCUUUUGACUUCACUCUCCAGGAUGUCUGGCUCAAGGUCGGCAACCACACUACCUGGGGUAUACAAGACAUCCAUUUCUUUCUGGUAUUAUAUGGGAUCAAUUUCAAUCUGUUACCCCCGAGGAUGUGGACAGGCUGCUUGGACGAAUGAAACCAACCACCUGUCUCCUUGAUCCUUGUCCAUCCUGGCUGAUAAAAGUAAGCUGGGAAGGGCUGGGCGAUGGGCUCUGUGGGGUGGUGAAUGCUUCCUUCUGUGAAGGAGCCUUCCCAGUCCCACUGAAAGAGGCGGUCAUUAAACCGCUUCUUAAAAAAACAUCUUUAGACCUCACCACGGGACUGAAACUGUCUUGGUCGCACUGGUCGAUGAUCUCCGGCGGGCUAGUGACAAAGGUGAGAUCUGUUUUCUAUUUCUGCUGGAUCUCUCAGCGGCUUUUGAUACCAUCGACCAUAACAUCCUUCUGGACUGUCUUGAGGGGCUGGGAGCUGGGGGCACUGUUAUACAGUGGUUCCGCUCCUUUCUCCUGGGCUGUGUCCAGAAAGUGGUGUGGGGGAUGAGUGUACAGACCCCUGGGCUCUCACUUGUGGGGUGCCUCAGGGUUCCGCCCUCUCCCCCAUGCUUUUUCACAUUUACAUGCAGCCGCUGGGAGAGAUCAUCAGCUCUACCUCUCUUUUAAAUCAGAACCAGUGAAGGCGGUGAAGGUCCUGUGUGAGUGUCUGGAGGUGCUUGGAGGAUGGAUGGCAGCUAACAGAUUGAGGAUGAAUCCUGACAAGACAGAAGUACUGUUCUUGGGGGAUGGGGGGGCGGGCUGGUGUGGAGGACGCACUGAUCCUGAAUGGGGUAACUGGGCCCCUGAAGGACCAGGUGCACAGCCUGGGAGUCAUUUUGGACUCACAGCUGUCCAUGGAGGUGCAGGUUAAUUCUGUGUCCAGGGCAGCUGUUUACCAGCUCCAUCUGGUACGCAGGUUGAGACCCUACCUGCCCGCAGACUGUCUUGCUAGAGUGGUGCAUGCUUUAGUUAUCUCCCGCUUGGACUACUGCAAUGUGUUCUACGUGGGGCUACCUUUGAAGGUGAUUCGGAAACUGUAGUUAAUCCAGAAUGCAGCAGCUAGACUGGUGACUGGGAGUGGCCGCCGAGACCAUAUAACACCGGUCCUGAAAGAUCUUCAUUGGCUCCCAGUACGUUUCCGAGCACAAUUCAAAGUGUUGGCGCUGACCUUUAAAGCCCUAAAUGGCCUCGGUCCUGUAUACCUGAAGGAGUGUCUCCACCCCCAUCAUCCAGCCCGGACACUGAGGUCUAGCACUGAAGGCCUUCUGGCAGUUCCCUCACUGCGAGAACUGAGGUUACAGGGAACCAGGCAGAGGGCCUUCUCGGUAGUGGUUCCUGCCCUGUGGAACGCCCUCCCAUCAGAUGUCAAGGUAAUAAACAACUAUUUUACUUUUAAAAGACAACUGUUUGGGGAGGUUUUUAAUGUCUGAUGCUGUGUUAUUUUUAAUAUUCAGUUGGAAGCUGCCCAGAGUAGCUGGGGAAACCCAGCCACAUGGGCGGGGUAUAAAUAAAUUAUUAUUAUUAUUUAUUAUUAGAAAUUCAACCAAAACAACAGGACUAGACUGUGCUCUGGACACCCCAUGAGAUUCCUCUGCUAUAACAACAGAGUCAAGAUCUUUGUGGAUGCAAAUGAUUUUAUCCUCCAAAUGCUUUGCAAACAAGUCACAGCAAGCUACCAUUGGUUCCACCACCUCCUUUGGGCCAGCCUGUAAAAGGCCCCAUACUACCUGGAAUAGCUCUGCCAGACAGCAUAAUGAGGAUGCAAUGGAGGCAGCAAAGUAUGUCUUCCUUUCUGCCUUCCCUGCCACUAGGUAGGCUUGAUAAUGAGCCCUUACCAGUGUUUGGUUGCAUUCAUUCAGAUCUUUUCUCCACUUGCAUUCAAGCCGUCUCCCAGCUUGUUUCCUCGCUCUAAGCUAUGGGGGCUUACAGGGGGCCAAAGGGGCUCCACAAAGUGGGAGAGGAUACUCAGGGGUGAUCGUGUCAAUGACCUGAGCUAUUUGGAAUCCCACUGGAUCUAUCAGCCUCCAAGGGCGGACCUUCCUAAUAGGUACCCCACCUCUGUGGAGGGGAAAUGGUGAUGACAGCCUAAAUCUCAACAGGAGAUCUGACCAUGAAAGGGAACAGAUGUCAAUGUCCCCCACUUUCAAAUCACCCUCUUCCCGCCCAGUUGAGAAAGCAAGGUCCAGAGUGUGGCCUGCCACAUGCAUUGGGUCGGUGACAUGUUGGGAGAGACCCAUAGUUGUCAUGGCAGCCAAGAAGUCCUGAGCCGCCCUAAAGCCAAUUGCCUUGGCAUGGAUGUUGAAGUCCCCCAACACCAACAGUCUGGGAAUCCUCAACACCACCUCUGAGACCAGCUCUGUCAGCUCAGGCAGGAGGACUGCUGGGCAACAAGGUGGGCAAUAAACCAGCAGAAUCCCUAAUCUGUCCUGAUUGCCCAAUGCCAGGAACACACUCUAGAUUACACACACACACACACACACCCCGACUCAACAGAGAGCCUGGAGAGAGAGAGAUUGAAUCUCUAUAGACCACAGCAACUCCCCCUCUCCGACUCUCGAGUCUGGCCUGAUGCUGCACUGAGUACCCAGGUGGGCACAGCUGGAUGAGACCAACUCCACCCUGUUCACCCACCCAGGUUUCAGUGAUACAUGCCAGAUCAGCCUCCUCAUCCAUAAUCAAAUCAUGGAUGAGGAGAUUUUAUUCUGGGCUGACCUGGCAUUCAACAGCAGCAUUCUCAGACCUGAGGGCUGACUGAUACGACAACCACAGUUCCCCAGGUUGGAGGAGGGGCUGGCAUACGGCACAGUCACUAGCUGCCUGUGCCGUGUGCUCCUAACCUGGUCUACCCCUCCUCCCACACCAUACCUCCCCCUAUCCAGAACCGCUGUAACUGGGCCUCCCCCUGCUCUCCCACGCUCCUCUCCUCUCCUCUCCUCUCCUCUCAGGCACAUGUUUUGAAAAUAUAAGAAAAACAAAAACGGGAAAAAAUCCAAAUGGGAAAAAAAAAUCACGAACUGCCUGGGCCGCGUGCCCCAUACAUGACAUGCCCCUCUUCCCACACCAUACCUCCCCCUACCCUCAAACCACUGUAAUUGCCACCCUCCCCUGCUCCUCUCCUCCCAGGCACAUCCCACAAAGAGCCCUUACAAAACUAGUUUAAAAUCAUUAAAAUUGUUAAAACAAUUACAAGCAGUUUACCAGUGUAAACAGUGUUCUCUGCUGGGCAACCCCAGUGCUUUGUAGUCUGUCAGGGUCUCACCCUAGGCCUGGUGGAAAGAGGCAGGUCCCAUGGAACUUGCAGCAGAUGUUGUUGGAUCCCAACUCCCAUCAGCCCUAACUAGCACAGUCCAUUUUCAGGGCUGAUGGUUAGUUCUUAGUUCAACUACAUCCAAGAGGGGCUACUCCUACUUUUGGGGGGGAACAGAGUUUUGGCUACUUUGGCACUGAAUUUUUACUUUUAAAAAGCACAGAAUGAGUAUGAUAUCACUUGCUUAAUGCAUAGAGCUGCUUGUGUGAAUGGGAGGGGGUUUCUCGUGCAGGUGGGUCUUCCCUCCUGUGUUGCAUUAUGUACAGCUCCAUGGGAAGUGGAAUUUUGCGGGGUGCAAGAGACUGGAGGCCCAUUGUUCAAGUAACACCACACCUACAGUUCUAUGUAUCUAAGUCAUUGUUUUGCAAGUGUUAAUAGUUGCAGUUUGCUAACAACCACCACCAGUUUCCAACUGAGAAAGUGGCAAUGUAAUAAAAUAACCCUCCUUACUGGCUUAAAAAUAAAUAAAUCAGUCUAAUCCUGCGUAUCUCCCCACCUCCCCCAAGGUGUUCAAUAGUGAUAAGUGAAAUAGUGCCUUUAGCUUAUUUCAUGUGAAAUAGGCUAUUUUGAAAGCCCCCCCAACAAGGCAAAUAGGUUGAUAACACAAAGGCCAGUGAAACUCAUCCUCUUGCUCUUGCAGGAUGUCGCAGACUACAAGUCUAAAGGCAAGUUUGAUGGUGCAAAGAGUGCAGUGGCCAAAGCGGCUGUUGCAGCUCGGAAAAAGGUAGAGGAGGAGGAGGAUGACGAAGACGAGGAGGAGGAAGACGAGGAGGAGGAGGAGGAGGAGGAGGAGGAAUGA